AUGAAGGCCUCUUUCUUCUGGAACCCUGGCAUCCAGCCCCUCAGCUACGGAGAGAAGGAGGAGGAGGGAGCAGAUUUCUGUCCCAACAAAUGUGGUAUGAUGUUGCAGCCUCUGAUCUGGUGCAGUAAUUGUAAAAAGCAGCUUCACGUUUGUCGAAAGUCCACAGAUUGCGGUGUGCGCCAAAUCAACGUCCACGAAAAGGAAGACUUGCUCCUGGACUGUGAGCUCAACUGGCAUAAAUUAUCUCAAGGCCUGACCUAUUACAGCUUUUACAGGGUUUGGGGGAGCAAUUCUGAGACGUUGGUGUACAAGGGGAAACAGCCCACCCUGACCAAGCCCCUGGUGGGGCCAGAGGAUGCAGGUGACUACCGCUGUGAGUUGGGCACUGUGAGAUCCCUCCCAGCCACGGUCAUCCAUUUUAAGGUCACAGUGUUGCCUCAAAGAAUCAUUGAGGAGACACCGACAUCAAACUUUGAAACCGAGGAGCAGCUGUCCCCAACCCUCCAGCCUUCAGAGUACCCUAAGCCCGAGAAGGUGCUGAGAAGCGUUCUGGUAGGGCUGCUGAUCUGGGGCUUUGUGGUGCUGAUCAUCAGCUUUGUCACCGCCGUACUUUGCUUUCUGCCUGGGAACGUGAUGGAUUCCAUAAAGUCCUGGUUCCUCACUAACAAAGUAGCCGCCCUGCAGAGCCAGGUUCCGAAGGCACCGAAAGAAAACGACACAGCACCAAGUCACAAAUAA